UGACGCAAGACCAGACCAACUUCCUAUCUCCCCUGUCUCUCCAAAAAUGGCGGACGCGUGUGGCCAAAUAUUGCUGGGAUCAGGGCUCACCGUCCUCUCCCACCCUCUGAUGUACAUUAAAGUCCUGAUCCAGGUAGGACAUGAGCCGCUCCCUCCCACCCUGGGCAGGAACCUGUUUGGCAGACAAGUUCAUCAGCUGCCUGGACUCUUUGCUUAUGCAAAACACAUCAUCCAGAUCGAUGGGAAAGCGGGUCUCUUCAAUGGGCUUGUUCCCAGGCUCUGUGCCGGCUCCAUCGGCACCAUAGUGCACAGCAAAGUUCUGCAGAAAUGUCAGGAACAAGGCACGCCUCAGGUACUGGGAGGUCAGCAGAAGGCUGUGGAGGGCUCCCUACAGCACGUGGUUAACGAGACGACCAAAGAGAUGAUCGCUCGCUCCUGUGCCACCGUCGUCACGCAUCCCUUUCAUGUGAUUACUUUGCGAUGUAUGGUCCAGUUUAUUGGGAGAGAAACAAAAUACAGCGGGGUGUUUGACUCCAUCGUCACAGUCUACAGAGAAGAGGGCAUCCUGGGCUUCUUUGCUGGUUUGAUUCCUCGUCUGCUCGGUGACGUCCUGUCUCUGUGGAUUUGUAACUUGCUGGCUCACCUCAUCAACACAUACGCCAUCGAUGACUCGAUGAGUCACACAGGAGAAAUCAAGAACUGCUCUCAGGCUGUGACCGGGUUCUUUGCCAGUAUGCUGACGUAUCCUUUUGUUUUGGUGUCAAACCUCAUGGCUGUCAAUAACUGCGGGCUUGCUGGAGGCCUGCCCCCCUAUGCAUCAGUAUACCCCACCUGGGUGGACUGCUGGAGGCAUCUAAGCAAAGAGAGCAACAUGAGCAGAGGCAACAGUUUAUUUUUCCGGAAGCUUCCGGCAGGCAAGAUGUACGCAAUUGACCAGAAGAGAUUUUUUUAAAGCCUCAAGAGAACUGAGCUGAACAUAGUUGUGAUAAUGAAACCAAACAAAAAAAUAUCAACCUUGCCUGACCUGGGGAUGGACAGUCGGCACUUAAUCUUUUUUUUGUAUGCACUUGUUUACUACGAGGGUUUUUCUUCUUCUUCUUGAUAACCUGCCAUGUGAAAUAAAAAAAAACCCCAUUAAUUUCCAGUUAAUUUCUAAGUUUUGUUUUAUUAACAGAAAUGUACAGAUUGAAACUGCAGGGCUGUAGAAUGAGAUGGAGCAUUACAUAUUUUAAAAAAAACAACAAAAAACAUGUACAAAAUGUGAUUGGAUUAGCUCCCAUGUUUUUUUUUUUUUAUUUUUUAAAUAUAGAUUAUCGACAAUGACUCCCCUUCAUCCACGUGAUGGGAUUUGUUUGUUGAAAACAGCACUUAAGUCUGCAUGUGGUUAUGUCUAUUAAUUCACGUUAGUGAUCAAGUGGGACCUCUUGUCAUGUGGUAUUGUGUGUCAAGUGUUAAUUAUCAUGGCGCUCGCUGCUUGGCGGUAAUGCUAGUGGAAAGGAGGGAAAGGCCCCGGCGGAUGUUCAGGUGCAUGUAUGGGAUGUACAGAGGCAUGGAGGCUAGCCUGAGCUGACCAGUCUGUCUUGGCACUCUGAGCAGCCGAGUAAUUGUAUCAGCUCAUUCUGACCGACCCGAAUAAAAACAGCUUUUUUGACCUUG